GUGUAAAAACAAUAAUUCUCAGAAGUUUACAUCGAUCUGGAAAAAUGCAGCGAAUAGUAAAACCCAAGAAUCAGCGAGUGAAGAGGGCUCUGGAGAAGAGAGAUCCUAAACUGGUUGAAAACACAAAGACAUCGUUGAUGAUUCGAGGAGGUCAUACUAGCGAGAAGAUAACCGCAUUACUAACAGAGCUACACAUGCUCAGGAAACCACACAGUCAGAUGUUGAAGAGAAAAAACAUCAUGCGUCCAUUUGAAGACCAGACAUCUUUGGAGUUUAUGUCACAGAAGAAUGAUGCGUCGCUGUUUGCUUUUGGUUCUCACUCCAAGAAAAGACCUCAUAACCUUGUCUUUGGUCGCAUGUUUGAACACCAUACACUGGAUAUGAUAGAACUGGGUGUUGAAAACUUCAAAUCUAUGCAUGCAUUUAAGACAUCAAAGUGUACCUCUGGGACUAAGCCAUGUUUGAUGUUUACUGGAGAACUGUUUGAUAGUGAUCAUAUACACAAGAAACUCAAGAACUUACUUAUAGAUUUUUUCAGAGGUCCAGUGGUUGAUGCUGUAAGAUUAGGUGGAAUGGAAUGUGUGCUCAGUUUCACAGCCGUGGAUGAAAAGAUUCUCAUGAGGAGUUACAAAGUCAUAUUGAAGAAGUCUGGGAGUAGAACACCACGUGUAGAGUUGACUGAGAUAGGACCAUCAUUAGACCUGGUCGUGAGAAGGACUAGACUAGCCACACAAGAUCUAUUUAAGAGAGCCAGCAAGAAACCCAAGGCCCUAAAGGCAAAGAAGAAGAAGAACAUAAGUCACGAUGUGUUCAAGACCAUGCAUGGUAGAGUGCACAUGGAGAAACAAGACCUGGCGAAGCUACAGAUCAGGAAGGUGAAAGCCCUCAAGAAGACCAAGGAGGAGACAAAGGAUGGAAAGACAGAAGGUGGAAAGACGGAAGAUGGACAGAGCGGUGUGAAGAAGAGGAGGAGUCUGCGGAGCAAGGGACAGACACAAGAUGGACAGAGUCAAGCCAAGAAGAAGAGGAAGGAAUGAGGAUCUAUGAAUAAAAUAGAACAAACAAGAACAAAAACUUAGCAGCAGGCAUCAAAAUGAUUGGUCGAGCACCCGUGUUCGACCAAUAGGCCUAAUUAUUUGACUGCCGGUCCACCCGUAGAGUAUAAAACACGCUUGCUUACAAUAUAUUUUAUCACCUGACGAAGUGUAGCAGCGGCACACAAAUUGUUGUGAUCUUUUAGAUCCCGUGUUGACCAUACAUUGCAAGACAAACGAAUGUCACUAGCGAUAUGAUUUUCGAUACUAUGUCCGCAAUGAGUAAUAUAUUUAGCAUUAAACAAGAACUUUAGUAGAUGGAUGUCAAGUCAUGCCUCAUCUUAACAAGGAAAUAUUUUGAAGAUACAGUGAAAUCUGUCUAUAAAGACGACCCACGGGAGACAAGAAAAUGGUCUUUAUGCAAAGGUGCAGGUUCCUUUAGUACAUGUUUCAAUGAGAAAACAUUUUCAAGAUAAACCAUUUUCAACGGAAACAACAAAUGUGGUCUUUG